AUGCAAAGAAUUGGCCCAAUGUCGCAGACUCUGGUCUUGGGAAGUUGGAUUACUCUAUGGGAACGUCAAGUCAAUGGGUGUAGUGCAAAUUACGCCACGAGCACGAAACAAAAGAGGAAAUGGACAGGGGAAGAGCGGUUAGGAGCACACGCGCAAUUUGAUUGGACAGCAGCAAAGAUCCGUGUAGAAGUGCAAUCCGAUUCUUUUCCUCUAGUAUUGGUCUACCUUCGACAAGCAAGUGUGGGUGUGCGUGCACGGUGCCGGAUACCGUGGCCCGGUAUAGGAGGCGAGAUAGCGAUAGGACAGGACGGGAAACAGAUAAGGUUUCUGCGGGCACGGUUAGGAGCGAGGACGGCGGAAAUGGGUGCGGGUGUAGGAAAUUUGGAUCAUUUUUCCCGAUGCGGGUGUGGUUGCGAGCUUUUGGCCGAAUGUGUGGGCUGUGAUUGGAGGGCGCCUAGUGGUGUUGUAGGAUAG